UUUACAGUGGAGAUUAUGAAGCAAAUUGGAACUACGUUAUUGAAGAAUUGGAACUUUAGCGUAGACCCUUGUAGUGGAGAAUCCGGUUGGAGAACCCUAGCCGUUGCCGGAGAGCUCGAUUCCGAUAAUGAAGUCACGUGUGACUGCGCCAUCUUUAACUAUACCGGCUGUCACGUCACCAGAAUAGUUCUUAGAAGACAAAAUUUGCAAGGCAUGAUUCCGCAUCAGAUUUCCCAGCUUCCUUUUAUUCAGGAAAUUGACCUUUCUAGAAACCUCUUGGGCGGAAAUAUUCCUGAAGUGUGGGGCACCACCCAACUCAGAAAAAUCAUGCUAUCUGUAAAUCGAAUAGUCGGGCAAAUCCCAAAGGAAUUGGGAAACAUCAGCACACUCAAAUGGCUAUUGGUGGGAGGUAACCAGCUGUCAGGACACAUUCCUACAGAACUCGGAAAUCUUAUCAGCAUUGAGCGCUUGUUACUGUCAUCAAACUUAUUUGUGGGGGAAUUACCGGUAGAACUUGGAAGAUUGACCAAUUUGAACGACUUUCGAAUUAGUGACAAUAGCUUCACUGGAAAGAUACCAGAUUUCAUCCAAAAUUGGACUAAUCUUAAUAAACUAGUACUUGUGGCAAGUGGCUUGGAGAGUCCCAUCCCUAGUGGCAUCUCUGCAUUGACAAACCUAACUGAUUUGAGAAUAAGUGACUUAAAUGGAGCAGAAGGUUUAUUUUCAUUUCCACCCAUCAGUGAUUUGAGAAAGCUGCAAAGACUAAUUCUGAGGAGUUGCAAUCUUGUUGGAUCAUUACCGGAUUAUCUUGGUGAAAUGACAUCAUUGAAAACCCUAGAUCUCAGCUUCAACAAAUUCAGUGGGGAGAUUCCCGUCACCUAUUCGAGUUUAUUAACAAAUACAGAUUUUAUGUAUUUUACAGGAAACUUACUAAGUGGAGUUGUACCUGACUGGAUUUUGAAUAAGGGAAACAUAGUUGAUCUUUCUUACAACAACUUUACAGUUAAUAAUACCUUAGGAUGUCAAGAUCAUUCAGUGAACUUGUUUGCAAGCAAUUCAGUCAAUUUAACAGACACUGCUUCAUGCUUGAAAAUAUCUUCAUGUCCUCAAGAUUACAACUCAUUCCAUAUAAACUGUGGAGGCAAAGAUGUAACUAUUGGAAAUACCAAGUAUGAAGGUGAUGAAGAUCCUGCUGGUCCAGCAAGAUUCUACGCGAGUAAAAGUAACUGGGUGUUUAGUAACACUGGCCACUUCUUGUAUGGUGAAGAAAGGCCUAAAGACUCUUAUAAUGGUUUAAUAAAUACAACAAAGCUAGCUAGCGAUGCUUCUCCCUUAAACAAGGAUGCGCGGCUUACUCCCUUGUCACUGACAUAUUAUGCGUAUUGUCUAAGAAACGGAAACUACACUGUAAAGCUUCACUUUGCAGAAAUUGUGUUUACCAAUACUCAGACAUAUAGCAGCCUGGGAAGGCGCAUCUUUGAUGUUUACAUUCAGGGAAAGCUGGUGGAGAAGGACUUCAACAUUAAGGAGAAAGCUGGUGGAGCUGGCAUUGAAAUCAGUCCGUCUUUUGAAACAGUUGUAACCAACAGAACAUUAGAGAUUCGGUUCCAAUGGUCAGGAAAAGGAACAACAAAUGUCCCUACUGGAGGAGUAUACGGUCCUCUGGUUUCAGCUAUUUCUGCAGAACUAGCAGAUUUUGUUCAACCGUUGGGAAAUGGAUCAAGUGCCAUCUCUUCUAGUACCAUUGUUGGAAUUGUGAUCUCUGUAGCUUUUGUUGUUAUCUUGAUCUUUCUUGGGUGGAAAAGAUAUAUAGGACGCAAGAAAACUCUCGAUCAAGGUCUGAAGAGCCUGGAUUUUCAUAUUGGUUUAUUCUCAUUGAGCCAAAUUAAAGCUGCUACAAACAAUUUUGAUGCUACUAACAAGAUUGGAGAAGGUGGUUUUGGUCCUGUAUACAAGGGAGUUCUAUUAGAUGGCACUACAAUCGCGGUAAAGCAACUAUCUUCUAGGUCAAAGCAAGGGGACCGCGAAUUCAUGAAUGAAAUUGGAAUGAUUUCUACACUGCGACAUCCUUAUCUUGUGAGGCUGUACGGAUGUUGUAUUGAAGGAAAUCAGUUAUUGUUGGUAUACGAGUACAUGGAAAAUAACAGUCUUGCUAGUGCUUUAUUUGGUCCUGAUGAUAGCCGAUUAUUCUUGGAUUGGUCAACAAGGUAUAAGAUCUGUAUUGGCAUAGCUCGUGGUCUAGCUUUUCUCCAUGAAGAAUCAAGACUGAAGAUUGUCCAUAGAGACAUCAAGGCUACAAAUGUGUUGCUUGAUAAGGAUCUUAAUCCCAAGAUAUCUGAUUUUGGUCUUGCCAAACUUAAUGAAGAGGAGAAUACCCUGAUAAGCAGUAGAGUUGCCGGAACUUACGGUUACAUGGCACCAGAGUAUGCAAUGCAUGGUUAUUUGACGGACAAAGCAGAUGUUUACAGUUUCGGAAUUGUUGCUUUAGAAAUUGUCAGUGGGAUAUGUAAUACAGCUUAUAGACCAGAGGAGGAUUAUUUCUGCCUUCUUGAUUAUGCACACAUGUUGAGAGAAAAUGAAACUCUUACAAAUCUAGUAGAUCGGAAAUUAGCUUUAGAUUUCAAGCAAGACGAGGCGAUGGUGAUGACCAAUAUAGCUCUGAUUUGCACAAAUGUUGCAGUUGCUUACAGACCAACCAUGUCUUCAGUUGUAAGCAUGCUCGAGGACAGAAGAGUUCCUCAAAAGUUGCUCAUGGACUUGGACUCGGUUGCAUUAACUCGCAAGUUGAAGAUGAUGGACAUGAUGAAUCAACAGCAACAAUCUUACGUGGAAACGGAGGAACUAAGGGUGAAAUCAUGUACUGAAAGUGGACGGUUUCUUCCCCAUGGCUUCGAGAUUGAUGCAAAACACAGAAAUACAUGUUAAAUAUGAUGGUGCCUUUCAUUACAAGAAUUUCAUUUCAUUUAGACUAUGUUGCAGAAGUUGGGUUUAUUUGAUUGUGGAUAAAAAUCAGAAGGAGAAGAAUAUUAAAAAUGUGGCUUCCAAAUAAGCUAAGUGUGGCUAGCCAAAUAUUUUGUGUAUAAAUUAGAGUCUUAAAUUCUCUUAUUCUUAAAGUAUUGUUGUUGAUAAUUAUGGAGAAAAAAGUAAUAUGCUUCUUUUGCUGCAAAAUAAACUAUUGUUGUUGAUACUAAUGAAACUCAGCUUAAAGUGUUAUUAUCGUAUUCAAAUAGAUAUAUUAAUU